CUAAACCAAAAGGCAUCGAGCGUAGAGAGCUGUACCAGUGCCUGCAAAGACUUUCGUGCUCUGGCAGUGAUCUAUUCUCAACUCGUUUUGCAGCGGUAACACGAAACCGCGCGAAAAUGGCACGCCUGGCAGCCCUGGCAGCCCUGAGGCUGCUCAUAGGCGGCUGCGCAGCGCUCGUGCCGCCGAGCGCGACCAAUCAGUAUGCUCCGGGAAGCACGCGCCACCAGCGCGCUCCGGCAAGCACGCUCCCCCAGCGCGCUCCGCGACGACGACGGAGGAUAGCGACGUACGCGUCCCCAGAUAUAGAGGAUCGCCUAGCCCUGGGCGGCGACGUCGCAGUGCUCUUCCUGUACAGCUACACGCAGAAGUCGCUGGACACGAUCUACGCCGUGACGGCGAAUUAUGUGGAGGGAAUCGAGGUCGACGAAAUGGACUGCUUUCGCGACCCGUCGUUCGCCGCGGCGGCGCUGUCGCUUGCGUGGCUCUGCGGGGCCCUGCCGCAGGGCGCGUUCCGCUUCGACGUGACGCGCGGCGGCGUGAACAACGCGCUGACGACGGUGGCGAAGUGCGGCGGCCUGUCGGUCGCGGCCGUCGUGCUGCUCCUCGCGGCGCGCGCGGCCGCGGCCGGCGUGCCGCUGAGUCCGCAGGACGCGGGCUUCGCGGCGGGCAUCCUACCUAUCGUGGGCGCGUGGCGGUACGUGCUCGCGGACACGUCGGCGAAGCUCUAAUUUCUUUCUUGUGUA